AUGGCGCGCAGUUUUGGGGACAAGAACGGGGAAAAAGAGAACCUGGCAGGGGCGAUUCGCAGGGCAAAGGACGAUGUCCACUUCAGCUUUCGGGUGGUCACAAUCGUUUAUCCGAUCGGUUGGGUCUCCGCACUGGUCUAUCCUGCAACUCUGGGUCACGCCAACCACUUUCAGGAGGUCGUCUUUCCGCAAGGUGGAGCGCUCAGCAUCAUGUGGCUGCUGGUGUGUCUCAGCACGCUCCUAGAACUGCAGGCUAGCUACAGAAAGUUAGACGAAGAGUAA